ACUUUGGCGCCAACCUGGUGACCAUCAAAAAUGAGGACGAGCAAUACUUCAUCAAUGGUCAACUUCCUGACCUGCACCAGGUGGACAUACCUGAUGUUUGGAUUGGUGUGUCAGAUAAGGGCCAGGAUGGCGUGUUUAAAUGGGUGGAUAAUACAGACAUUCAGUUCUCCAACUGGAGUCCCAAUUUCCCCAGAAACACAGAGAAGUUCUGGGACUGUGGACAGAUCUACACAGGGAAUUACGCUGGAAAAUGGGAGACGACCAACUGCUUCAAGAACUUGGCCUACAUUUGUAAGAUGCCGGGUGGUCAGAACACACAGAGACCCACCGCUGCCCCGAAUACUCACUGUGAUCAGGGCUAUCUGCUAUUUCGUGACCACUGCUAUCACUUUGAGUCUGAGGUGGUCAAAACGUGGCAGGCUGCUGAAGACUUCUGUGUUUCCCAGAACGGACACCUGGUCAGCAUUCAUGACCAUGAGACCACCAGUUUCAUAACUGCUCACAUGCCCAGGUCUUCGUGGGUGGGCCUCAAUGACAUACAGGAAGAGGGCAAGUUUGUGUGGUCUGAUGGAACAUCUGCUGAUUUCCUGCUGUGGGAGGCGGAUCAGCCCGACAACUGGAACAACGAGGACUGUGUCCACAUCCGUGGGACAGAG